GUUUCUGCACUCGCUCCCGCAGCUUUGCCUUGCACGAGUUGAAGUGGUGGAGCGUGCGGGUCCGAGGCCGGAGCGUCCGGGUCCGCAGCGGGCGGGCACGGCUGUGCAGGCUGGGGAGGCCGAGGGCCGGGCUGACAGAGGUGUCAAGACCCGGGCCCGGCGCGGCCUCCUAGACCCAAUCCGAGUACUUCUCCAGACUUUUCCUUCGGCAGCGGAAGAUGACGACAUCCUUGCAGCGAGCUUGGGAAGAGCUUGUCUUCAGAUGCCUGUUUCUUGUGAUCGCAUUCUGAGCAUGUUGUUGCAGGGCCCACUGUCCUUCAGGGAUGUGGCUGUGGCCUUCACCCAGGAGGAGUGGCGGCGGCUGGGCUCUGAGGAGAAGACGACGUACAGGGACGUGAUGCUGGAGACCUACAGCAACCUCGUCUCCGUGGGGUGUCACAUUAUCAAACCGGAUGUUAUCAGCAAGUUGGAACAAGGAGAAGAGCCAUGGAUAGUAGAAGGAGCAUUCUCACCUCAGAGCUAUCCAGAUGAAAUCUGGCAGGCGAAUGACCUGAUGGAGAAAGCCCAGGAAGAUGAAAAGAAGCUCUCGAGGGCAGCUGUGCUCAGCUACAGAAGCAUGGUCGGAAAGACAGGCGAUGUUGCCGGUGAAGCCGCUCCUGUAGAAACAACACUUGUUCCUUCAGGGAAAGUCAUCCCUAAAUGCAGCUCCUGCGCGGAGAGCUUGACGUGUAUCUCUGCCUUCAUCAGCAGCGAUGGAAGCUACGCAAAGAUGAAGCCCAAUGUCUGUGCUGGAUGUGGGAAAUCGCUGCUCCACACUAAGCCUGAAAAAACACAUCCAGGAGAUGAUUCUUAUGAAUUUAGUCAGAAUGAAGACGAUUACACUCUAAGUGAAGAAAAUUUUUACCAAAAAAUUCAUACUUUAGAGAAGCCCUUUGAAUAUGUUGAGUGCCAGAAAUCCUUCCCAAAGAACACUGUUUUCAUUGAUCCCGUGGAAGAGAAGCCCUAUGACUGGAGUGAAUCUGAAAUGGCUUUCCUCCAGAUGUCAGAGCUCAGUGUCCACCAGGGUUCUCACAUGGAAAUGAAGCCCUACGAGUGCCGGGAAUGCGGGAAGUCCUUCUGUAAAAAGUCCAAAUUCAUCAUCCACCAGAGAACUCACACGGGCGAGAAACCGUUUAAGUGUAACCAGUGUGGGAAGUCCUUCUGCCAGAAGGGAACCCUCACCGUGCAUCAGAGGACACACACAGGGGAGAAGCCCUACGAAUGUACCGAAUGCGGGAAAAACUUCUACCAGAAGUUACACCUCAUCCAGCACCAGAGAACUCACUCAGGAGAGAAGCCCUAUGAAUGCAGCUACUGUGGGAAGUCCUUCUGCCAGAAGACGCACCUCACGCAGCACCAGAGGACACACUCAGGCGAGAGGCCCUACAUCUGUCCCGACUGUGGAAAGACUUUCUCUCAGAAGUCAGCCCUUAACGACCACCAGAAGAUCCACAGCGGGGUGAAGCUGUACAAGUGCAGCGAGUGUGGGAAGUGCUUCUGCCGCAAGUCCACACUCACCACCCACAUGAGGACGCACACCGGGGAGAAGCCCUACGAGUGCAACGAGUGCGGGAAGUUCUUCUCCAGGCUGUCCUACCUCACCGUGCACUACAGGACCCACUCGGGGGAGAAGCCCUACGAGUGCGCCGAGUGCGGGAAGACCUUCUACCUGAACUCGGCCCUCAUGCGGCACCAGAGGGUGCACACGGGAGAGAAGCCGUACGAGUGCAGCGAGUGCGGGAAGCUGUUCUCCCAGCUGUCCUACCUCACCGUGCACCACCGCACUCACUCGGGAGUGAAGCCCUACGAGUGCAGCGAGUGCGGGAAGACCUUCUACCAGAACUCGGCCCUGUGCCGGCACCGGAGAAUCCACAGAGGGGAGAAGCCCUACGAGUGCUACAUAUGCGGGAAGUUCUUCUCCCAGAUGUCCUACCUCACCAUCCACCACCGCAUCCACUCCGGGGAGAAGCCCUACGAGUGCAGCGAGUGCGGGAAGACCUUCUGCCAGAACUCCGCCCUGAACAGGCACCAGCGGACACACACAGGGGAAAAAGCCUAUGAGUGUUACGAGUGUGGGAAGUGCUUCUCACAAAUGUCGUACCUCACCAUCCAUCACCGCAUCCACUCGGGGGAGAAGCCCUUUGAAUGCAGCGAGUGCGGGAAAGCCUUCUCUCGGAUGUCCUACCUCACUGUGCACUACAGAACACACUCGGGAGAGAAGCCCUACGAGUGCGCCGAGUGCGGGAAGAAGUUCUACCACAAGUCAGCGUUCAAUAGCCAUCAGAGGGUUCACCGAAGAGGGAGCGCCAUGUAGCUGUGCGGGAGGCUCCCCUACAGCGGACUCAGAUGACCGCCUCAAUGAGCGAGUGGAGCCUUGUGUACAUGUGUUCCUCAGCACCCAUAGCUUCCAUAUCCAAGGGUUCGACCGACCAGAACGACUUAGGGAAAAGGUUUUAUCUGUACUGAAUAUAUACAGACUUUUUUCUUGUACAAUAUGACAACUUUGAUACUGCAUUUGUAUGAUAUUAAGCAUUAUAGAUCAUCUAGAGAUGAGAUAAAAUACAUAGUAAGAUUAUGUAGGCUGUACACAAAUAUAGCAUUUUACAUAGGGACUUAAUAAACUGCAGACUUUGGUGUCCAGGUGAUCCUAGAACACACUCACACAUACCAAAGGAUACUUUAUCAGAGAGCCCACACAAGUGAGCAGGACAUGGCCGUGUGAAGUAGAUCCAUCCGGAAAUUCACAGGGCAGAAACCACAGUUGUGAAAAGAGCACAUCGCAGCCUAUCCAGGAGUAAGAAUGUAUAAAUACGUUGAGCAUGAUUUCAAACUGCUGUCAGGGAGUUGACUCACUCAAAUGGGAAACUGCUAGUACUAAGGGAUGUUUUGUAAAAAUUAGGAUGAUCUGCUAGAAAUAAGUACACUCUGUAACUACAGGAUGUAAACGUCAGUCAAGUUAGCCAUGUUUGCUGCAUUAACCUGGCAAAUAGUUCCCGAGGAACACCGGGCUUGGGGCUUCUUGUUCUUAUUUUAGUAACUAUCACAGAAAUCAUAUGUUCGUCCCGUUUUAAUCAAGCUUGGAAGAGUGUAUCCUUAGUUUGUAACGUAUGGUAAGGUAGCCCAUUCUAAGUUCGCCGUCAUGUUACCCUCUGAAUAUGCAUUUCACUGGGGUAGGAUCUGAAAGUUAUGAACUAUGCUUUUUCCUUGUUGCUUGUGUUUUAAAAUGCAUUUGGUCAUUGUUGCAGGAUUAUAUCUGUAAUAGGCCAAUUUUUUGUUGUUUUAACUAUAGCAAAGACGACAGAAAUGUAUCUAUAAAAUAGGAACCUCUGAGUAGAUCAUUUUAAAUUAAGCCAGAGUCUUCCAGGGUGAGAAGUAGCUUCAGCACUCACUACUCUGUACAACCACGACCUAAGAAUGUUCUCCUUCCUCUCUGCAUUUGCUCGCUUCCUUCUUUUUUUUUUUGUUUUUUUGGUUUUUCGAGACAGGGUUUCUCUGUGGUUUUGGAGCCUGUCCUGGAACUAGCUCUUGUAGACCAGGCUGGUCUCGAACUCACAGAGAUCCGCCUGCCUCUGCCUCCCGAGUGCUGGACCACCGCCCGGCGCUCGCUUCCUUCUUAUGUAGAUGUGAGGUCCUAGAGCACAGGGCUGUGCAGCUGUCUGUGCUAGUGUGGGGAACGUUCUCCACUCUGCCAUCGCUAGGAGGUGAGAACACACAAAUCAGGGUGUGGUAGACAUCAUCCCUGCCGUCUGUCACUCCCUCCUGGCUCUUUGUCCUCCUGGAAAUAUGGCCUAUAACUCCUGGUAAGUGUCAUUGGUAGUGAUAAUCCUUCCCUGUAGCCUUGGACCCAAGUCUAAAGAGUUAGUGGGGUUAUCAGAGAUCGUCUCCUGAAAGGGUUUCCUCAAAGAAGCCGAACCUUAGUGAGCAUCGCCUUGUCUGGAUGUGGUGAGACUCCCGGCGGUGGCCACAGCGUAACCGUCGUAGCCAUACAGAAGCAGAAGAAACUGGGACCUGAUGUCUCAGAGGCACCACACCAGCUCGACUGGAGCCACUCCAUGUCUGGACUGUUUCUUUUUCUAAGAGACUAUUUGUUUCUAAGCCAGUUGACUUAGGAACAUUCUGCUAGUAACAAGACAGUCUACCUGGUGUAGCAUUACACUUUGUAGGAGUUAUGCAAUUCGGAAGUGGACUCUAGCUAAAUCAUUUAUUUUGAUGUGUUAAUAGAGAGUUUAUUAUCUGUAAAUUUGUAUGUAAAUAAUCUGAACAUUGAAAAUGAAUUUGAA